AUGAGAGUGUCACUCGCUUAUAAAUUACUCUCAUCAUCAUUGGCGUUGGUUCAGGCUUUACCAACAGCUGAAUUUUAUGCUAAUUCAACAUUUAACGGUCAAGUCUCUUCAGAUGCUGCUUCUGCUUCUUUGAAAUCAGAUACUGAAAGCAACUUUGUUUAUUCACCAACAAGUAAAAGAACAGAUCAUUCAUCAACAGAAAAUUUUGAAGCUUCUGCUAAUUUAGAUGCCUCAGCUUCUCACUCUGAAUCAGGUUCAUCAUCAAAUUUUGAAGCUUCAGCUCAUUUCGAUGCUUCAGCUCAUUUUGGCUCAUCAAGUUCUAAAUCAGACUCUUCAUCAUCCUCAGAUUUUGAAGCUUCAGCUCAUGGUGAUUCAUCCGUUCAUGUUGGAAGUGAAUCAGGCUCAGAAGGCUCAUCCCAAGCUUCAUUAUCAUCUCCAAUUAUUCAAUCAACCGCAACUGAAAGUUUAACUGAACAUACCAUUGUUACCAUCACUUCAUGUAGUGAUAAUAAAUGUGCUACACAAACUUCAAAAGCUUUGAAAUCAAUUGCUACCGUUACAGUCACAGGUGUCGAAACUCAAUAUACUACAUGGUGUCCAUUAACAGAAAGUGAAAGUUCAGCUACAUCAAGUGCUAUCAAAUCUUCUGCUACACCAUCUUCAAAAGUUGUUAAGGAAUCCUCAGCUCCAGCUUCAAGCUCAUCCUCAGCUCCAGCUUCACAUGCUACAGAAUCAUCAGGUUCAAUAGAAAAAUCAUCUAGUGCUCCAGUUGCUUCUUCAUCAGCAUCAGCUUCUGUCGAGUCUAGUGGUUCAGUUUCUUCAUCAGCUUCAUCUACUUCUAUUGCUCCAAAAGGUUCUUCUUCAUCAGAUUCUCCAUCAUCAGGUUCAUCAUCAUCUCCAAUCACUCAAUCCACUGCAACUGAAAGUUUAACUGAACAUACUAUUGUUACCAUCACUUCAUGUAGUGAUAAUGCAUGUUCCACACAAACUUCAAAAGCUUUGAAAUCAAUUGCUACCGUUACAAUCACAGGUGUUGAAACCCAAUAUACUACAUGGUGUCCAUUAACAGAAAGCGAAAGCUCAGCUACAUCAAGUGCUAUCAAAUCUUCUGCUACACCAUCUUCAAAAGUUGUUAAGGAUUCCUCAGCUCCAGCUUCAAGCUCAUCCUCAGCUCCAGCUUCACAUGCUACAGAAUCAUCAGGUUCAAUAGAAAAAUCAUCUAGUGCUCCAGCUGCUUCUUCAUCAGCAUCAGCUUCUGUCGAGUCUAGUGGUUCAGUUUCUUCAUCAGCUUCAUCUACUUCUAUUGCUCCAAAAGGUUCUUCUUCAUCAGCUCCAGCUCAAGGCUCCAGCUCCAGCUCCAAGGCAUCCUCAAAAUUGACUGUUGUUACUGAAACUCAUUCAGGUGUGGUUACUUCAUUCACAACUUAUUGUCCAGAAACUGCAACUGAACAUGAAUCAGAACAUCACGAAUCAUCAGCUCCAGCUUCAAGUGCUAAAGUUUCAUCAUCUGGAUCUGCUCAUGUCAGUACUACUUCAAUUUCACCAGCUGCUACUACCUCAACUGCAGAAGAUAAGAAAUCAUCAAGUGCUACAGCUGAAUCAAGCUCUAAAGCUUCAUCAAAGAUCACAGUUGUUACUGAAACCCACUCAGGUGUUGUCACUUCUUAUACUACAUACUGUCCAGAAACUGCUACUGAACAUGAAUCUGAACAUCAUGAAUCAUCAACUGCUACUGAAGUUACCUCAAGUGCUCAUAGAGAAUCUUCAUCUGCUCCAGCUCCAUCAGCCUCAGCUACUGCAUCAACUGGUAAAGCUUCCACUUCAGAGGUUAAAGAAAGUUCAUCAUCAGCUCCAGCUACAUCAGGUACAUCAACUGGUGAAGUUAAACAAGGUUCAUCAUCAGCUCCGGCACCAGCUUCAUCAACUGAAUCAAAAACAAGUGUUGCUCCAAAGAACUCAUCUUCAGCACCAGCACCACAAGGUUCAUCAUCUGAAACUACUGCUAAAUCAAGUGCCCCAGCUCCAUCUGCUCCAGCUUCAUCAGGUAAAUUAACUGUUGUUACUGAAACCCACUCUGGUGUUGUUACUCAAUACACUACCUUCUGUCCAGAAAGUUCUUUAGAACAUGAAUCUUCAGGUACUCCAGCUACUUCUACUCCAGCUGCUACCACCUCUGGUGAAGUCAAACAAGGUUCAUCAUCAGCUCCGGCACCAGCUUCAUCAACUGAAUCAAAAACAAGGGUUGCUCCAAAGAACUCAUCUUCAGCACCAACACCACAAGGUUCAUCAUCUGAAACUACUGCUAAAUCAAGUGCCCCAGUUCCAUCUGCCCCAGCUUCUUCAGGUAAAUUAACUGUUGUUACUGAAACCCACUCUGGUGUUGUUACUCAAUACACCACAUUCUGUCCAGAAAGUUCUUUAGAACAUGAAUCAUCAACUGGUACUCCAGCUACACAAACUGAAUCAACUAAAGAAAGUUCCUCAACUCCAGCCCAAGGUUCAACUACCCCAGCUUCUACAGUUCCAAAAGAAACUUCAGGUACUACCACUGGAUCCUCAGAAGAUAAAGCUUCAUCAACUACUCCAGCUUCUUCAGCACCAGAAAAAGAAUCAAGUGCUCCAGCUCCAUCAUCAACCACACCAGGUAAAGUUACAGUUAUCACAUCUACUCAUUCUGGUCAAGUUACUGAGUAUACUACUUACUGUCCAGAAAGUGAUUCAUCAAAAACUUCAGUUGCUACUGGUUCAGCUCCAUCUCCAUCAGCUCCAGCUAAAGAAUCAACCACUGAAACUCCAAAAGCCCCAUCAUCAGCCCCAGUUGAAUCAACUACCAAGACUCCAGAAGCUUCAUCUACUCAACCAACCGAAGAAACCACUGGUCCAGCUCCAAAACCAUCUACUCCAGCUCAAGAAUCAAGUGCUCCAGCUCCAACUACUUCUGCCCCAGCUCAAGUUUCAUCAACUACUUCAGUUGCUCCAAAAGAUUCUACUGCGGAAACCAAAGAAGUUCCAUCUUCAUCAGCUCCAGGUAAAGUUACUGUUAUCACAUCAACUCAUUCUGGUAAAGUAACUGAAUAUACCACUUACUGUCCAGAAAGUGAAACUGGUUCUUCAAGUGCUCCAGCUGUUCCGUCUACUCCAGCUUCAGGUAAAGAAUCCACAACUCCAGCUUCAUCAGUCCCAGCUAAGGAAUCAACCACUGAAACUCCAAAAGCUCCAGUUGAAUCAACUACAAAUACACCAGAAGGUUCAUCAGCUCCAGCUCCAAAACCAUCUACUCCAGCUCAAGAAUCUAGUGCUCCAGCUCCAACUACUUCUGCCCCAGCUCAAGUUUCAUCAACUACUUCAGUUGCUCCAAAAGAUUCUACUGCUGAAACCAAAGAAGUUCCAUCUUCAUCAGCUCCAGGUAAAGUUACUGUUAUCACUUCAACUCAUUCUGGUCAAGUCACUGAAUAUACUACUUAUUGUCCAGAAAGUGAAUCAUCAAGUACUCCAGCUGCUACCGGUUCUUCUCCAAGUGCUCCAGCACCAGCUCCAGAAUCGUCUUCUCAAGCUUCAAGUGCCCCAGCCCCAGCACCAGAAUCUUCAACUCCAGCUGCUUCUACUACUCCAGGUCAAUCAAAUGCUGUUGAAACUUCAUCAACUCCAGCUCCUAAACCAACUCAAGAAGCUUCAGCUCCAGUUCCAAGCUCAAUUGCUGCAACUACUUCAGCUGUUCAAUCAUCACCAGUUACUCCACCAUACAGUACUCAAAAUGAUACCACACUCACUGAAAAUGUUCAAGUUUCUUCAUUAGUUGGUCAAACUACUACUCAAGUUAACAACACUACAGCUACAGAUACAGCUCCAACUACACCAGUUGUUCAAUCAUCACAAUCAGCUCCAUAUAGUCAAAACAAUGGUACUACUACAACUGAUCAAACUCCAGCUGCUUCAACUCCAAUCAGUGCUACUAUUCCAAUUGUUUCACAAAUUAGUGAUGGUCAAAUUCAAGCACCAGCUCCAUCAACUGCAGUUGCUUCAAAUGGUACCACACCAGCUGUUACUGUUCCAGGUGCUUCAACUACUCAAUUAUCACCAAGUUCAGCACCAGCUAAUGGUUCAUAUGCUGGUCCAUCAAUUUCAAGUCAAGUUUCUGGUACAAGUUCAGUUGCAGCAGUUUCUCAAUAUGAAGGUUCCGGUUUUGAUUACAAGAGAACUGGUUCAAGUGGUGCAGCCAUUGGUGUUGCUUUAAUGUUGGUUAGUUUCUUAUAA